AUGUCCAACGACUACGCCUACCUAAACCCCGAGAACGGCCUCACUUACACCUACGGCGGCGAUGGCACCGUCAACUGCACCGUCUCCGUCUGCCCCAUCGAACUCAGCGUCUACGGCUACCGGCCGUCGCUGCCCUUCUCCUCCGCCCUCAUCGCCCUCUACGGCCUUUGCAUGGUCGUCCAACUCUACCUCGGCAUCCGCUACAAGAAAUGGGGCUUCAUGACCGCCAUGCUGCUCGGGUGCAUCUGCGAGAUCAUUGGCUACAUCGGCCGCAUCCUCUACUGGUCCAAUCCCUGGGGCGAUAGCGGCUUCAUCAUCCAAAUCGUCCUCAUCACCUUCUCGCCCGUCUUCUUCGCCGCCGCCAUCUACGUCCUCAUCUACCAGAUCGCCUGCUACGUCGACCGCUCUGCCUCGCGCGUCAACCCCAAAUUCUUCUACUGGCUCUUCAUUCCCGCCGAUGUUAUCUCCCUGAUCCUCCAGGCCGCCGGCGGCGCCCUGUCCUCCACCUCCAACGGCUCCUCCGACGCCGGCGUCAACAUCGCCCUCGCCGGCCUCAGCUUCCAACUCAUCACCCUGACCUUCUUCGCUAUCUGUGUCUGUGACUACAUGUACCGCAGCCGCGCCACCUGGCGCAGCGUCAAAGUCCCCGGCCGCUUCAUCAACUUCUGCGUCUGGCUCGCCCUCGCCACCGUGUUUAUUCUGGUGCGCUGCGCCUACCGCGUCUACGAGCUCAGCGAGGGCUACUCGCGCGACAGCGAGGCCCUCAGGGACGAGCCGCUCUUCAUUGCCCUCGAGGGCGUCAUGAUCAUCCUGGCUGCCUGGUGUCUCGUGCCCGCACACCCGGGCUUUGUCUUUUCUGAGGGGGCUACACUCACCAAGGAUACGACGUUCGUGGAGGAUAAGGGCGCGCAAGCCUCGGACUCCAGGGAGAGUAUGGCUUAG